CCACUCUCUCGUAUUGCCACUUUCGAGCCUGUAUUGUUCCUCGCAAAAAAGUCAGGGUCAUGCUUUUCCGUGACCACCAUCACCAGAUGCCACAACAUGCCAAUCUUCUCCAUUUUCAUUUCCGACCCCCCACAAUCUCACCCCUUCCGAUUUUCCCCCCCCCAUCAAAUCAUAAAAAUGGCAGAUCUCUCCCCCUCUCUCUCUGUCUCUGUGUUUGUCCGAUUAUAUCAGUUUUAUCCUCAAGCUCAAAACUCCAUUUUUAUACGUACGCUAGCGACCAGCGAGAGACACGACGACACGGCAAGUGCUUCGACAGACAUCGAAACGCACCGCCCCGUUUUUGGGAGUCCUCAACUUUUGCCUGAAGUGGAAGAGAGAGAGACGUGUAGGUCAAGUUUCGUGCUGCAACUUUCUUUAGCCGUGGAUGAAGUAGCGGAUCCUGCUCGUCAGCAUCAUCACCAUCAUCACCACCUGCAUGCUCGGUUCGACUCACAAGUCAGAGCCUCAAAGUCCCAAAAGUCCACUGGAAGUUCUGCUCCCGCCAGUCGAGAGAAAUGGAAGCGGCGGAUCACAAAUCCACUAAACCGCCGUCCCAAAUACCUCCUCUGCCCAGAGACCCGCGCGGGUCACUCGAAGUCUUCAACCCGUCGACCCUUUCGACCCGGCCGACCAACCGGGCCUUUGGCCCGCAGCAGCCCCCCUGGCGAGGCUGGGUUGGCCGGCAAGAGAGCUCGGAACACGACCCGCCCGAACUCCCCUCCUCCUGGCCCACCAGCAGAGGCGACGAGAUCACGGCCACCUCAUGGAUGGCCCUCCAGGACGCCCCUCCGCCCAACCAAUCACCGCCCUUCGCACAGAAGCCCAUCUCGACCGUCCAUCAGCAUGACGACGGCGGACUAUCACAGUCCGCCGUGUUGGCGCAACCGCCCGACGAAGCGGGAGCAGCUGCGCAGAGGGCGGCGGAGUGGGGGCUAGUGCUGAGGACGGACACCGAGACCGGGAAGCCGCAGGGCGUGACGGUCCGGACCUCGGGCGGGGACGACCCGAACGGGAAGCCCGGCACUUCGAGGAGGAACUCGAACAACUCGGUCCGGAGCUCGGGGGACUUGUCGGAGGGCGGCGAUGGAGGGAAGGAGAGAGGGUUCCCGAGGGUGUCGGAGGACCUCAAGGACGCGCUGUCCACGUUCCAGCAGACGUUCGUGGUGUCGGACGCGACGAAGCCCGAUUACCCGAUCCUGUACGCGAGCGCCGGGUUCUUCAAGAUGACCGGGUACACUUCCAAGGAGGUCAUCGGCCGGAACUGCCGGUUCAUGCAGGGGGCGGAGACGGACCCGGAGGACGUGGCGAAGAUCCGGGAGGCGUUGCAGGCCGGGACGAGCUACUGCGGGCGGCUGCUGAACUACAAGAAGGACGGCACGCCGUUCUGGAACCUGCUCACCAUCUCCCCCAUCAAGGACGACGCCGGCAACGUCCUCAAAUUCAUCGGGAUGCAAGUGGAGGUGAGCAAGCACACGGAGGGAUCCAAGGUUAAGAUGAUGCGCCCCAAUGGAUUGCCCGAGUCCUUGAUUCGAUACGAUGCCCGUCAGAAGGAAAUGGCGGCGAGUUCAGUAUCGGAACUUGUGCAGGCGGUGAAGAGGCCGAGGGCGCUCAGCGAGUCGAUCAAUCGCCCUCUAAUGCGAAGGUCGGGAGGCGGUGGCGAGAAAGAGAGAUCAGAUGCUGUAGGAAGACGAAACUCUGAGAAUCUGGGAGGUAUGAGGAGUUCGAUGCAGCGGAUCAAUGAGGUGCCCGAGAAGAAGCAACAGAAAUCCGCUCGCCGCUCGUUCAUGGGAAUGGUUAGGAAGCGUCAGUCCAGUUCCGAAAGCUUCAAUUUUAGAGGAGCUGCAGAUGACAAUGACGACGACGACGACAUGAGUGAAGAUGAUGAGAGGCCAGACAGCGUGGAUGAUGUUGUAAGACAGAAGGAAAUGAGGAAGGGUAUCGAUCUUGCUACCACGCUCGAACGUAUCGAGAAGAACUUCGUCAUCACUGAUCCAAGGCUACCAGACAAUCCCAUUAUAUUCGCUUCUGAUAGCUUCUUGGAGCUGACAGAAUACAGCCGGGAAGAGAUUCUCGGGAGAAAUUGCAGGUUCCUCCAAGGACCUGAAACUGAUCCAGCAACCGUGAGGAAGAUCCGGGAAGCCAUUGACAACCAAAGAGAAGUCACUGUGCAGUUGAUAAACUACACAAAAAGCGGCAAAAAGUUCUGGAAUUUGUUUCAUCUUCAGCCAAUGCGUGAUCAGAAGGGAGAAGUCCAGUAUUUCAUUGGAGUACAACUGGAUGGUAGCGCUCAUGUUGACCCACUGCACAACUCUAUUCCUGAGGAUACUGCUAAAGAAAGUGAAACACUGGUGAAAAGCACUGCUGAAAAUGUUGAUGAAGCUGUGAGAGAACUUCCGGAUGCCAACAAGAAACCAGAGGAUUUAUGGGCUAAUCACUCUAAAAUGGUUUUCCCAAAGCCACACAGGAAGGGCAGCCCCUAUUGGAGAGCCAUUCAACAGACACUGGAUAGCGGAGAGCAGAUAGGACUAAAGAAUUUUAAGCCACUUAAACCCCUUGGCUCUGGGGACACCGGCAGUGUGCAUCUAGUUGAGCUGCGUGGAACCGGUCAAUUCUUUGCAAUGAAGGCCAUGGAUAAGAGUGUCAUGCUCAACCGCAACAAGGUCCACAGAGCUUGUGCUGAAAGAGAAAUCCUUGACAUGUUGGAUCACCCUUUCCUUCCAGCUCUAUAUGCGUCUUUUCAGACCAAAACCCACAUAUUCCUAAUAACAGAUUAUUACCCCGGUGGUGAGCUCUUCAUGCUCUUGGACAGGCAAACCCUGAAGGUCCUCAGGGAAGAUGCAGUGAGAUUCUAUGCUGCAGAGGUGGUUGUGGCAUUGGAGUAUCUUCAUUGCCAAGGGAUUAUUUACAGAGAUCUAAAACCGGAGAACAUUUUGCUUCAGGACAAUGGGCAUAUUUCUUUGACAGACUUUGAUUUGUCAUGCUUGACAUCUUGCAAACCUCAGCUUUUGAUUCCUAGUACUGAUGAAAAGAAGAAGAAAAAUAAGAAGAAAGGCCCGGAGAUGCCAAUCUUUAUGGCUGAACCCAUGCGGGCGUCAAAUUCUUUUGUCGGCACGGAGGAAUACAUAGCUCCGGAGAUCAUCAAAGGGGCUGGCCAUACAAGUGCAGUUGACUGGUGGGCGCUUGGUAUUCUGCUAUAUGAGAUGCUGUAUGGAUACACACCCUUCAGGGGAAAGACAAGACAAAAGACAUUUGCCAAUAUCCUUCACAAGGAAAUCAAAUUUCCAGGAAGUAAACCGGUAAGUCUCCAUGGGAAGCAAUUGAUGUAUCGAUUGCUGCACAGGGAUCCCAAGAACAGAUUGGGCUCGUGCGAAGGAGCGGAGGAAAUCAAACGACACCCGUUCUUCCGCGGCAUCAACUGGGCCUUAGUCCGGUGCAUGGAGCCUCCUGAGCUCGAUGCUCGUCUAUGCGGGGCAGCCAAACUCGUAGACCCUGAAAUGGAUGACCUUCAAAAGAAUGUUUUCUGAGAGGUCUAACUCCAUGUCCAUCCAUUUUGCAGUUGUGUAAAGCAAGCAGGAAUAAAUAGUUCAUGAUAAGUGCAUCGACUUCAAUGUGCAAUAGAAGGAAAAAGAAAGAACUACGGUCACUUCAACAGGACUUGGGAAGCUAGAGAUCGGUAAUUCUUUCGCCUCGACAUUUGGUCGAUGGAGAUGGCUUCACGACAUGUUGGACAAGCUCUGUUGAUAAUUUCUUUUAUAGUUUGGUGAUGUGAUUUCCAAUAUCCAUGUCAGUAGGAUUUGAAUUUCUCUUCUGCUCGCAACAUCAGAUUAGUCUUUUUGUGAGUGUACAUUAUGCAUUCUUCGUGAUUAUGUUAAAUCUAAAGUUAAUCGUGUGACGCAUCA